AACAUUCCUCUCUUGCAUMCUUUGUGACAGGCUCAAGUUUCAAAUGAUUGCAACGAAAUAAUGACCAAUAACAACACAACUGAGCAAAUCGAACAAAGAUGUCAGAAAUACCACUGGCACUGUUUAAAUAAGUUAAUUUUGUGUUUCUCUGCUAGCAGAGUCUCUCUCGUGUUGUAGUGUAGUGAAGAAAUCAAGAGGAUUUCAAUAGCGUGUUCACAGAUAGGCAUCACUUCUGGGCUUGACAGCUGCACGAUAAGAAAAUCAAGGCCGUUAAAGCGGUUAUCAAACGAGUUCCUUCCGAACAUGUACGGACGGCUGCACACAAGGCAAAGCAGUUCGACUCGGAAGAGUCUGUCUUGAUUACAAGGAGCUACAACGGAACUACAACGAGAGAAACUGCUAGCAAGGAACUUUUGUGUCGGACUGUGGUGUAAACCAAUCGGGAAAUCAUUCAAGGAAAUUCCCAUUGAAAUCGGGUAAACAUAUAAAUGUCCUGCAGAGCUGACAUUUCAUCUCAAGUUUAAUUUGUUAAAGACAGUGCCAAAAUCGUUUCAUAGCAACGGAGCAUUGGUUUGAUACUGUGCGGAAAGCAUCGCAAUUAUUCAAAAUGGCGAGAUGUAACUGGUGCUUCAUAGCAGUUUUACCAUUAGCUCAACUUCGAAGGAGGAAGAAGGUUGUACUGUUUAUUUUCCUUGCGAGCUUGGCAGUUUACUUAACUGUACUUCACUCUGGGGCCUCGCAUUUCAGCGACUCGUGGCGCGUGAAUUUGAAUAUGAGUUUUUCUAAUAUGACGAUCAGCGAUCGCCCACAAAUCGGCUUGUGUAUGAAAAAAACCUUUCUAUUUGAUCCAAAUGGCUGGACAAAGUUUCCGUUACUUUUGCCACAAAUCGAGCCAAAUAUAUCAUGCGAAGAAAGACAGCUUUUUAUGGUUGUAGUUGUGAACUCGGACGCUAACGACAUUCGACAUCGCGACAGCAGAACAGCUAUCCGAACUACUUGGGGGAAACCAACAUCUAAUACUCCUUUGAAGUGGAGAUUGUUUUUUUCUCUCGGCUCAAGUCCUGACGUUGCUACAGCGAUGAACAAUAACCACGAAGCGCUUUUACACAAUGAUAUAAUCAUAGGCAACUUCAAUGACUCGUAUAAGAAUAUUAUCAUCAAGACUUUUAUGAGCCAUUUUUGGGUAUUUUCAAGGUUUCAUUGUAAAUACGUUCUCAAAACAGAUGACGAUGUUUAUGUACGUGUACCAUGGGUGUACAACUGGCUCAACAAUGUAACGAUGCCACGUAGGAGAUUUUACGGUGGUUUAAUCGAAUACGUAGCCAAUGUUUUUCGAACUCCUGGAAGCAAGUGGUAUAUCACGGAAGAGCAAUACAAAGGCGAGCAUUGGCCGCCAUUCGCACAUGGCUCGUUCCAAGUUGUUUCCACUGACAUUCUCCCGGAAUAUUUCAAUUAUACUCAAUUCCGUAUGCCUUUUCACGCUGAUGAUGCGUUCUUUGGGGUAGCAGCGAGAGAUUUAGGAAUUAAAGUGACCGAUAUCCCUGGAUUUUGUUUUGUAGUUGGAGCGGAAGAAUGUGAUCUAAAGACUGCAACUGCAAUCUGCCAUGAUAUCUCUCCAACUAGAAUAAUGUCACUUCACGAGACCUACAAGUCUCUUAAAAGAAGUAUAGAGGGCUAUCUAUGACUCAUGUAGUUUGGGAAUUCAGUAUUUGGCAUUGCUGAGACCUUUGAAGGGACUCGCAGUAGCUUUUAAAAGCUGAUUCACACUUUCUAAAGUUUUUUGUUUGUAUUAUAAACUGGUCUGCGUCUUUACUUUCUUCGGCAACAAAACUGUACAAACAAAUUGUGCAUUUAGGAUUUAGUUCGYCUUGAGUAGCUAUGCAAAUUUACAAGAGUUAGCGGAAAGACAUACAUUUGAAUAAAAUUAAAAAAAUAAAAUUGUACUGUUCCUAUCA